ACGGAAAUGAUGAUUUCUCUUCUUCAGAAAUUCAAACCUUUUCUUCUGUUUUUGAUCACAAUCUUUGCGCUGAAUUUCGGAUUCAUCACUUGCGAAUCACCCUCGAUUUCGCCCAAAUGUUUAGAUAAAUUUAAUACCUCAACAAACUAUCAAUCUGACGUUCAAGCCCUGAUGGAAGUUUUGUCCUCCAAAUCUUCCCAAUAUACCUUCUACAAUGAUUCUUUUAGAGGAGUCUAUGGCCUGUUUCUCUGCAGAGGUGAUGUUGAUAGUAGCACUUGCCAAAGUUGCAUCAAUGAUGCCACCAUAGAUCUGCCAAAAACUUGCUCUUCUUAUCGAGGUGGAGUCAUCUGGUAUGAAAAAUGCCUGUUACGCUACUCGAAUACCGAUUUUUUCGGUGAAAUAACAUUUGACCCAGACUCCUAUAUCUAUAUGAGGAAUCUAGAACACAAUACUUCACCUGAAGACGACUUGGCGGUACUUAAUUUGCUAAAGGAAGCGAUUGAGCGAGCUGCUCAGAACUCAUCGAAGCUUUAUGGGACCCAGGAAGGAGUUGUGCCUAGUAAUGUGUCUCGGAAUAUAUAUGUCCUGGUGCAGUGCACAAGAGAUCUCAAUCGAAGUUCGUGUUACUCUUGUUUGACGGAAAUAACUGAUCAACUCCCGAGUUGUUGCCUGGGGUGGGCAGGGUGGCGCUUCUUAACCCCAAGUUGCCUUGCAAGAUUUGACGAAUACGUUUUCUAUUCAGGAGCACCACAACCUGCUCUUGCAGCACCUCCCACGCCCAAUAGAGGGAAUGGGGAAAGAACGACAAAGAAGGUUGUGAUCGUCUCUGUAUCAUCAUUAGCAGCUGCCCUUGCAUUCACUCUUGCUGGCUUCUUAUGUUUUUCAUUCUGCAGGAAAGGACUGAAAGGGGGAGGAGCAAGUGGAGAGAUUCUGUCAAGAAAUUCUCUAGGCCCAAAUCAAAGGCACGUUGGCGAGACAGUAAGGAUCGAGAACACAGAAGAUAUAUUGUUGUUUGAUAAAGGGAAAACCAGCACAAGCAAGGUUGAACUCCGAGAGGUGCCAUUAUUCAAAUUUGUGGAAUUGGCAACCUCAACAAACAACUUUAAUACGACAAAUUUGCUAGGACAGGGAGGUUUUGGUCCUGUAUACAGGGGAACAUUGCAAAAUGGGCAGGGAAUAGCGGUAAAGAGACUGUCAAGGGCAUCAGGGCAAGGGGCAGACGAAUUUAAGAACGAAGUGUUGGUCAUCUCCAGUCUCCAACAUCGAAAUCUUGUAAAACUCCUAGGAUGUUGCGUUGAGGGAGAAGAGAAGAUUUUAGUCUACGAGUACAUGCCAAACAAGAGCCUAGACACAUUUUUGUUUGAUUUGCUCAAGAAAGAACUCCUAGAUUGGAGGAAACGUUUCAACAUUAUUGAAGGAAUAAGUCAAGAUUUUGGGUUGGCGAGAAUUUUUGGAGAUAGUGAAGAUCAAGCCAAUACCAAAAGGGUUGUUGGAACAUACGGCUAUAUGCCUCCUGAAUAUGCGAUGGAAGGACUAUUUUCAGAGAAAUCUGACAUAUAUAGCUAUGGUGUUUUACUGUUAGAGAUUGUAAGUGGGAGAAGAAACAACGGUUUUGACAAUGAUGAACAUUUAAGCCUUGUGGGAUAUGCUUGGAAAUUGUGGAAUGAAGGCAACAUUUUGCCUUUGGUUGAUAACAUGGUCGCUGAUCCAUCCUAUGAUGAAGAGGUUCUAAGGUGCAUACAUGUGGGAUUGCUGUGCGUACAAGAAUUUGCGAAAGAUAGACCUAACAUGUCCACAGUCAUUUCAAUGGUUAACAGUGAAAUUGUGGAUCUUCCUCGUCCAAAACAACCUGCUUUCAUUCUAAAACAGAAUCAUGCAUCAGAUGCAGAGUCCUCUGCACAGCAUGAUCAACAGAGAUGCUCUCUGAACCAUGUGACUCUAUCAACGAGCGUUUGGCUGAAAGUGGCAACCUUUUCUACUAAAUGUUCUGAGCUGAAGGUUGAAGACGAUGGAGAGAUAUCUCCAAGAACAGAGGGAGUGAAGGACGAAGGUGGCGACGAGAGGACGAUGAUCUGAGGUUCGAAAGAGAGAAAUAGAAGAAAGGAGCGUUAUGAUCUGAGGUUCGACAGAGAGAAAUCACAAAACUGAGUGAGGUGAUCUGAGCUUCGAUCGAGGAGGGUGAUCUACCCUUUUUUGCCAAUGCGCUUCUUCAAACGGCAUGUUUCUAAAUAUAGAGAGUAUAGAGCC